GUCUUACUGGACACGAGCUGCAGCCACGCCACCUUGCCGACUCUUCCAGAAGUAGCUUAGCUUGCUGCCUCUUGAAGCUGUUUACUGAGCACUCACUGGAUUUGUGCAGUUAUCGUCCAUUCGUGGAACAGUUGACAAGGCCAGAAGAGGGCACCAGAUCUCAUUAGAGAUGGUUGUGAGCCACCAUGUGGAUGCUGGACUUGAACUUGAAAUCUCUGGAGGAGCAGCCAGUGCUCUUAACCUCUGAGCCAUCUCUUCAGCACCCCCUGUACACUCUGACCUCCAGCCUCACUCGGCAAAAGCAAUCAGCUCCGUGCCAAGAUGGCUUCGGCUGGCGCGAAAGUGGGUGUGGUUCCCAAGCAGGCCACGCCCCCAGAACGCUACUCCAAUAGGGGCCGCCUUCGUGUCCAUAGCGACGGCGGCGGCGGCGGCCGUCGGCUUGCUUAAGAAGGCGCCGCCGCCGCCAGGAUCUCGGAGCUUGGAGUUAACCCCGAGGGGGAGCGGGCUCCCCCUCGCGACGGCGGGGACAGACAGUCCUGUGGAACGAAGAGACGGUCCCCGACGUCCAGCAACGCCCAGGAAGAGCCUCAGCGGGCGAGGGGCGGCCAUGAGCGACCAGCUGAGUCCAGCCCCGGGCUGCUAGGGGCAGCUCCAGCAGCCCCUGAGCUCUCCUCGAAACCUCGGGUGGGCAGUGUCUGCCGUGGGUUUCCUUUCCUCUAUCAGAGCCCGACCCCGACGUACUCGUAUAGGGAAACUGAAUCCUGGCUCAGGGAAAGGGCUUUCUCGAGAACCUUUGAUCAUCAGCUGUAUUUUAAAGCAAAGAGUCCUCCAGUUCUGUCAGCCACCUCUCUUUCCAUUCAAAAAACAAAACAGCCGCGGCCGUGGCUUCUACCAGCUCUGUUCUGCAUGCACUGCAAUGUGUUGUAUGAUCCAGGGUAAUCCUGGAUGAUGGGUCUUUUAGAGAAGGACUUUACAUCCUACCAAUAUCCCAUGCUCCCCACAGCCCUCUACUUGGGAAACAACCUAGUCUACAGUAGGAUUGGUCUGAAAGGGCAACAUUUCCUUAUAGCACCAUAAAGGGUCUCUGGGUGAAUUCCUGCUGGACUUCCUGGGCCUGAAAAGUCUGAUAAAUAUUUUAUUCCCAUCCCUUUCCCCUUAGAAUCUAAGAGGAUGGAGCCUAGUACCUGUAAGACCAGUGAAUCUGAGGAAGACUAUGUUGAGGAAGAAGAAUCUGAGGAAGAAUGUGUUAGAGAGGAAGCCACCACCCGUAACUCUUCCCAGCAGGCACUUGGGAAGACUGACUAUAAAGAGUUUGAGAAUGGGGUUGCCUUAUCUGUUAUAGCCAAGAAAAUUCCAAAGAAAACCAUAAGUGCAACAGACACAGAUGAUUUGGAAGGUGGGAGGAGAAAGAGAAAGCGGAAACGAAGACCUCUGGCCAUCAAUCUGACCAACUGCAAGUAUGAGAGUGUGCGCCGGGCAGCCCAAAUGUGUGGCCUGAAGGAAGUGGGGGAGGAUGAAGAGUGGACUGUAUACUGGACAGACUGCUCUGUCUCAUUGGAACGAGUCAUGGACAUGAAGAGGUUUCAGAAAAUCAACCACUUCCCUGGCAUGACAGAAAUCUGCCGCAAAGAUCUGCUGGCUCGGAACCUCAAUCGCAUGCAGAAGCUCUAUCCUACUGAGUACAACAUCUUCCCACGAACCUGGUGUCUACCUGCAGACUAUGGGGACUUCCAGGCCUACGGUCGUCAGCGGAAAACCCGCACUUAUAUCUGCAAGCCAGAUAGCGGCUGUCAGGGGCGUGGCAUCUUUAUCACCAGAACCCCCAAGGAAAUCAAGCCAGGAGAGCAUAUGAUCUGCCAGCAGUACAUCACCAAGCCCUUCCUCAUUGAUGGCUUCAAGUUUGACAUGCGAAUCUAUGUUCUGAUCACUUCCUGUGACCCUCUCCGGAUCUUCAUGUAUGAGGAAGGCCUGGCCCGUUUUGCCACCAUGCCGUAUGUGGAACCUAGCCAUAACAACCUGGAGGAAGUCUGCAUGCACCUGACCAACUAUGCAAUCAAUAAACACAAUGAGAAUUUUGUCCGAGACGAUGCAAUGGGCAGUAAGAGGAAGCUGUCGACACUCAAUGCCUGGCUGCGAGAGCACAGCUAUGAUCCCCGAGAGCUGUGGGGGGACAUCGAGGACAUCAUCAUCAAAACCAUCAUCUCAGCCCACUCUGUUCUUCGCCACAACUACCGAACCUGUUUCCCCCAAUAUCUGUGUGGAGGUACAUGUGCCUGCUUUGAGAUUCUGGGUUUUGACAUCUUACUGGACCACAAGCUCAAGCCCUGGCUUCUAGAGGUAAACCACUCCCCAAGCUUCACCACAGACUCCCGCCUGGAUCGAGAGGUCAAAGAUGCACUUCUCUGUGAUGCUAUGAACCUUGUCAACCUUCGGGGCUGUGACAAAAAAAAGGUGAUUGAAGAAGACAAACGGCGAGUCAAGGAGAGGCUUUUCCCGUGUCACCAACAACCACGAGAAGCCAGGCGAGAACAGAUUGAAUCAUCCCAGGCUGCCAUGCAGGACCAAGAACGAUAUGAAGAUUCCCACUUAGGGGGCUACCGGCGGAUCUACCCUGGGCCUGACUCAGAGAAAUAUGCACCCUUCUUCAAGCACAAUGGCUCCCUCUUCCAGGAGACUGCUGCCUCCAAGGCCAGAGAGGAGUGUGCCAGGCAGCAACUGGAAGAGAUUCGCCUAAAGCAGGAACAACAGGAGAACCCAGGCACCAAGAAGCGAAAGGAAAACAAGGAGCAGAACCAGGGUGAAUCAGCUGGGGAGAAAAGCCGAUCCAGAGCAGGAACACGGAGCCUUGUCACCAACUUGGCUUAUAGGAACCGGAUCCGGGAUAAAGAGCUACCAGUAAUCCUGGACACCAUGCAGCCUCAGGACAUUGUGGAAGAGGAAGAGCUUGAGCGGAUGAAGCUCCUGUUACAAAGAGAGAAUCUCAUCCGAAGCCUGGGUAUUGUAGAGCAGCUCACUCGCAUGUUGUACCCCAGCCACCGGGGCCACAGAAAGCUUCAUGAGUAUCGGCCUAGAUUUCACCAGGACGGGCUGGGCAGUCAAGAACUGCAACCUGUGAAUUUGGUCCCAUUGGUGUUCCUGAGAGGGGCUGCCUCAGAACAGGUCCCUCAUUUCCUGCAACCACUUCGACCCCACGAAUUGAUCCCCAGGAUCUUAGGGCCACUAUCAAGCAUGAAUCCCGCAGUUGCACAGCAUUCCCGGUACCAUCUGCAGCCCAAGACCUUCAACUGGAUAGGAGAUCCAGCAAUCACUGGCCCCUGUUCAUUGUCAAUGAAGAAAUCUGGGAGGCACUAUUUUUCCAGCUCUAGAGUCAGGCUCACUAGCCGUAAGUAUACAAAACUAGCUUUGGUAAAGAAGGAAGCCCAGCACUCAACCAAAAGAGCAAAUGGCCUUCAAUCAUUGCUAACUGAAAGACUGCCACCAAGUUCCAGUUUGAAAAGCUCUGGCCAGGACCUUUGUUUGCAAAAGGCAAAUACAAAGACACCAAGAAAUGUUCAACAUUCUAAGAUUCUUUGGGGGAUCGGUAAAGACCAAAAGAUGAAGAGCUAAGGCCAGAAUUUAUGAAUCUCUGCUCAUCAAGCCUUAGGCUGGGUUUAUCGCUAAGCGAUGGGUCUGAACCCUGGGUGUAGCCUGGGGCUGGAGGUCACUGGGCAAAAGGAGUUCCUUUCCCAGUGGAGUCAAAUGCCCAAGGUACGGUGUAGUCGCCAUCAGAAGAUUGCUGAGGGUUCGCCCUUCCUGCCACAGUGGCAGAAUCAGGCAGGCCUGGGCAGCCUGUGCCAGAGGGGCGGCUCUGGGCAACGAACCAGUCUUUUUAUUAAAGUUUAUGUCGUUUUC